AUGGCUAUAUUUCAUGCCACGCCAAAAUGUCUAGUGAUUUUUCUAGCACUACUUGCCUUCAAUGGUGCCCUUUUAACUCAUUGCAGGAAAAUAAAACCAUUGAACCAGCAUUCCUUGUUAAAGGAAGACAUUGCAGUAGUGCAGAGCAACGUUCCCACUCCAUCAUCAGAGAAGAAGAAAGUUGACUCAUCCGUUAUACCAGAAAAUGGUGUUGAAGGUUCUGGAGACGCAAAUGCUUUCCGCCCCACAACACCAGGGAGCAGUCCUGGUGUAGGUCACCGAAAAUUUGCAUCAGAAGAUAAAGAUAUGAAAGCAACGGUGGCAGUUCACAGUUCACAUGUUAAAAUUUACGUGACUGAGGGGACAGAUAGUGGUUUCAAACCUACAAACCCAGGUCACAGUCCCGGUGUUGGUCAUGCUCAGCAAAACCAAAUUGGACAGUAA